UUACGAAAUCCGUGAUCAGUCGAGAUUUUCAGUUUUGAGAUUUCGGUUACAAAGAUAUUACUGCUCUUCUUUUAAAUUCGUGCUGACCUGAGUCACAAAUUCUAAUCAUUUUUUUAAUGAAUCUAAGCAUAGUUAUUCAAUGAAAGAAAAAUUUCUUUGGAAAUUAUGUUGGAAGUUUGAUUCUUUUAAGUUUUUGAAAUCUUUGGUCAUGAUCGUCUUCUGCAUAUUUUAUUGAAGAAUCAACAAGGAAAAAUGAACACUCGAACAACUAAUAACAGUUUGGAUGGUAUUGAACAAUCUGCAAUUUCAAUAAUUAGCAGCGCUAUAAAGCAUGAUAAUGAUGGAAAAUACCCAUCGUCACUUGCUUGUUAUCAAGAAGGAAUACAGCUUUUUCUGCAAGUUAUCAAAGGAACGUCAGAGAAGAAAAAGCUUGAGCAUUUGCGCAGAAAAACUUCAGAAUAUAUGAGUAGAGCUGAGAAAAUUAAAGGCAUAGUUCAGAAGCAGAAAGAUAGCGGUAUUUAUCACGAACAAAUUCAAAUAUCGAACGAUAGUGUGGGGUUUAGUUACGAAUCGAUUUUCAAAAAAUAUCUUGACGAUUCUGUCAAUAAAGUGGAAAUUGAUGAUCCUUAUGUGAGGACUACACACCAGAUUUACAACUUCUUAAAUUUCUGCGAAUUGCUUGUAAGAUAUUGCCCAUUUUUAAAUUGUAUUGUUUUGGUCACUGGUGUUCAUGAUCAGGAUUCUAGGAAUCAAAAUACAAAGCUUCAGAGUUUAAAAGAGAGUCUUCGUGAUUAUAGUAUUGAAUUAACUAUACAGUUUUCUAAUACUCUGCAUGAUCGAGAAAUACGGCUUGAUUCCGGUUGGGUUAUCAAGAUUGGCCGAGGGUUGGAUUAUUUUAAGUCUGUGAAACAGUUUUCUAUUGGAUUUUGUGACCAGAAUCUAAAGAGAUGUCAUGAAACAACUGUAGAUAUUUAUUUCAAGAAUAAAUGAUUUGUAUGUAUGCCAUGAAAAUCUACUUAUCAAUUGAGCUUCACAUAUUAUUUUAAUUAUACAAAAUAAAGGGUUUAAAUUAAACUUAGACCUGUUGAACUUUUAUCGUAACUAUAAUUUGCCAUAUUGCAUUAUGAAGCCUUGAGGUGGGAGAUGUGCAGCCUCACCAGGAAAUCACACUAAUAAUAGUAAUACAAUAAAACCCCUCUAAUACGCACACUAACGGAAUUUUUUUUUUUCGCUCACAAUAGAGGUAUGUCCACGGGACAGGAGUUUAAUAAUGUUAUUUGCCUAAGAACCGGGGGAAUUAAAAAUUGUUUGCAUAAGAGGGGUGUCUGUUAGGAUGGUUUUACUGUAAAAUAAAUUUGAAUAGGUAGCUAUUAAAAGAGCAUAUUAAAACAUUUUUCAAUGCAAAAAUUAUUUUGCCUUAUUUUCUUUCCCCUUUAUGGAGAUAUAAGGUCUUAAAUGUUGGUUGAAAUUUCAAGGAAAGUGCCAAGUUUAAAAGAGUCAGUGAGGAAUUGAAGGUUCUACACUAUUUCACUAGUGCUAGAGGCGGCGAGUGGGGCUUAAAAGUGCAGGGACAAUUCUUUUAAAGAAAGUUGAAGACUAUUUUCUAGGCUAUCUUGACUGAGGGGGGGGGGGUGCUUCUGAUGUUCUCUCGUGUAAAUGUUUUGUAAUUGUAGUUUUUAAAACGCCGUUUUUUUAGAGUUUUGUCAACAUUUGGGGAACGAAAGGGAGUUUCCAGGGCUGUCCCCGUAAUGUUUUUUAAAAAUAAAGUCUAAUUACCAAUAGUGCCGCACACAAGGGAGGGUUCCAGGGUGUCCAGACACCUUCCGUAGCUCUUACUUUUUUUUUUUUGAUUAAUUAUGAUUCUAUGUAUUUUAUAUGUAAAAAUAAUUCCAAACCAAUGUAACAACAAUUUCAGUUCUAAUAAGUGAAAAAAUAAAACUCUCUUCUUAAAAGAUUUUUUUUUUCAAUGUGCACUUUUCCUCUAACGAAUUGCAAAAGUGAGAGAUCUUUCUCGAAUUUGAGAAGGUGAAAAGCAUACUUAAGGAGUACUAUGUACAAAGAAUGUUUAAUGGGUUCUUGCACUGAUGAAUUCAAGCAAUGUCAUCAUCACACACUGAAGAAGAUGAAGU